AUGCGAAGGUCUGCAAGGAUUUCUGCUAAGUCUCGCGGCAAGCGAGCGAAUGCGACUGCCCACGGUACUUCGGAACCUCUGAAUGCGACCGCGCGAACCAGUGGCGACGACGAGGCUAAGCGGCUGACGCGCAAGCAACGCCGGAGACAAGAGGAACCUGACAGUCACGAAACACAGGAGAGAAAUCCUCUGCAGACCGGGGACGCGAUUGCGAAGCCGUCACAGCCCACGAAGUCUCCUGCGACCGGGCGCCUGUGUCAGCAGCCUGCUAGAACGUCUGAAACCGCUCGACUUUCUUCAAGGCCCGCCGACGUCUGCUCUAUCAUCCCAAUCAACCGCCUUCCCGACGAGAUCCUCUCCGAGAUCUUUUUGUGGCUGCUCUGCAUCAUUCUCAGCGGUCCUUACGCUCAUAACCCGUCACCCAUGCUGGAUCGUACUAUCACAAGUGUCUGCAAGACCUGGCGGCGCGUUGCGUACGCGACUCCUCGACUCUGGGUCUAUAUCAACGUCAGUUGGCGUGGACAGCCGCACAAGUAUCUGCAGCGAUAUCUUCCACUCUCUGGUUCUUGCCCACUUCAGAUUAGCUCCUCAGUACACGCCGAACCGCUCCCCCACUUCAUGUCAAUGAUUCGGGAUUACAGCUCACAGUGGGAAACUCUGAGACUAUGGGGAUACGGCAGGAACUUCGAUGAGGUAGACGCUGUUGCGACACCGCUGCUGAAGUUCCUCUGGAUUGUGCAGAUGGCGUCGAAUAAUGGAGACAAUCGAUGCUCUCUCCGCUGGCUGGCCGAUGCGCCGCGGUUGACGCGGCUGCGCAUCCAUGCACAGACUAUAGGGCCCAAAUUCACCCUCACACUCCCACCGACGGCUCCCCUGACAUCCCUACAUCUGGACUUCACCAUUCUCUCCAUAUCGACCAUACUCGCACCUCUUCGCCAAUGCCGCAUGGCUUUGGAGGAUCUCAGGUUGACCAUCUGCGACCUGCAGCCGGAUGAAGUGCCGCCGGCGGACGUCCCCAUUGUCUUUCCCGCCCUCAGAGCCCUUUAUCUAUACAGGAAAACGUGCAGAUUUCUGAAGCUUAUCACAACACCCAUACUCGAAACGUUACUCCUUCAAGGACCCGGCGAUCACGCACCCGCGACUCUCCUGGCCUACCUGACUCGGGUCCCAUCGGUGGCAACGCAUCUGCGCAAAAUGUACUUCAGAAGUUGCUUUACGUCUCCCAGCGUCUACGCAACCCUGCUGCAAUGCUUCGAGCGCCUUGAACAAGUCGAGGUUCUCCGAUUCCAAUCAUAUUCGCCUGGCGACUGCAGGAUGAUAUCACUUCUCCAAAGUCAUGACCAGGGACGUCCGGCCCUCCUUCCCAAACUCAAGCUAGCGAUCUUUGGUAGCAGCAUCGCGAGGUCGGAGCAGUUCGAUGACCUCCGAAGGCAUGGGAUGGUAUGUGGGACGCGCGUAGAGGAGAUCCGCGCUGUAGAGGAUGGAUUGGGUGAACUAGACGACCUUGAGAUGCGUUACCGAAGGGGCGCCAGUCAAGCUCGAUGA